AUGAGUAGCAGCAGUGACAGUGAAAUUAGUAGAAGGGCCGGCACUGAUGAUGAUUUCGAUGAGACUGAUAUUGAUAGUGAUGAUAGCGUAUCGAACAUCGAUAUGAACUUCAAUCCAUACGAGUACAAUGGCGGCACAGUAACGGGAAUUGCUGGCGAGGACUUUGUGGUCAUUGCCUGCGAUACGCGCUUCAGCAACGAGGAGACUGUGCUGCUGACCGAACACAGCAAAUUGUUCCAGCUGCUGCCCAUGGCUGUGUUGGGCUCCACGGGCUGCUGGGCCGAUGUGUUGGGCUUCAUGGGGUUGGUCAAGGAGCGCAUCCAGCUGUAUGAGCAAAAGCAUAAUAAGCCAAUGACGACGGAAGCGCUGGCGAACAUGAUGAUGAUUGCCAUGUACGCCAAGCGUUUCUAUCCCUACUUGGUGCUGAACAUCCUGGCCGGCUUGGAUGCGAAUGGCAAGGGCAUGCUCUAUACCUACGAUCCGGUGGGUUUUUUCGAGACGGUGCCGUACACUGCCGCCGGCGUGGCCGGCCAGAUGCUUAUGCCCAUACUGGACAAUCAGGUGGCAUUCGAGAAUACCAACAUACCGCCGGAGCAGCAGCCGGAGCUGACCAUUAAGCGAGCCGUAAGCAUAACCAAAGAUGCGUUCCGCACAGCCAGCGAGCGUGACAUUUUCACCGGCGACUGGGUGCAGAUUUUGAUUAUAACCAAGCAAGGAAUUGAAGAAGAUUCCAUGGAGUUGCGUCACGAUUAA